AGUUUCCACCUUNAAGCUAUUUGCGCUUUUCUGGGAGAACAUUCACGAAUUUGCUCAAAGAGAGUUUGUUCUGUUCAGAAUGGCUUUUUUUUAGCUAAUAUUGAAAUGUAAGGCGCAGUGUGCAGAGAUAGCUGCGAAGCAACGGGAAUUCCAAAACAGAGGGCGUCGGCAAAUUCACCUUAUCAGGACGUUCAUCAACAUUGUCUACUUUGAGUUUGAAGAUCUGAAACGAGUCCUUGUAAAAUCGAAGGAAGACUUGGAGUUUGCUAAGGAAGACAUGAAGAAUGGUGAGACACCUGCCCGCAAGAAGGCAUUAAAAAAGGCUAAUCAGAAAUACGAAAUUCAAAUGAAGGCGGUUUGUUUAUAG